AUGGGUGAAAACGGUGCUGAGAACGAAUCAGAUUCCCAGUCAUCAUCACCAGCUCUUCAACCGUUGAGAAAACGAGCUCGAACAUCUGAGUACGACAGUGAAGGCAUGGAAGAUGACGAGUACAUCACGAUAAAUAUGAUGGAAGGGACAAGUGACGGUCCUUCAGGUUACUGUUAUCUUGAGCAUCCAGCUGAUGUCCAGGUGCAUUCCUGGGGUCCUGAUCUGGCCUCUGCUCUCGCCCAAGCGAUCACCGCCACUUACGGAUACAUGACUGAUUUGGAAAAUGUCGAAGAACAGUUCUCGAUGUUUUACACCGCAAAGGCUAACGAUUUGCAAGGCCUAAUAAUAGCCGUGAUGGAAGAGGCUCUCUGUGGGUUCCAGUCAGAACCGUUUUUCAUAGGUCGACGAGUUGUCGUGGAAAAACUGGACUUGGAAGCGUGGUCGGCUGAAUUCCAAGUAUUUGGGGAAUGUUUUGACUUAGCAAAGCACACCCAGCUCACUGAUGUCAAAGCAAUCACCUAUUCCAACAUGCAAAUUCAUCAGAAGGAUGAUCGAUGUGAUAUUUUUAUGGGUGUUGACGUCCAGAAGAAAGUGCUCAAGCGGAAGCUGGACAAGAUGAAGGCCAGUCAGGCUAAGAUGCGGAAGAAAGAGAAGCUUGCAAAGCUGAAAGAAGAAAAAGAAGAGGUCGAUGUCAAAGAUGAGGUUAAUGAAGAUGCCAAAUGGAGAUUCCUGCGCUAUCGAUACAACUCAACUCCAUCAUCGGCACCUGCCGCAGACGACGUCGAUUCUUUCUUUGCUGGAGGAAAAGUGUUUGAUAAUCUAAAAGGCAAAGUAAACGAUCGAAUACUCGAUGCUGUUCGUAAAAUGGGUUUCACAUCGAUGACGGAGAUUCAAGCAAAAAGUAUAGAGCCGUUGCUAGAGGGACGUGAUGUGUUGGCAUCAGCCAAGACAGGCUCUGGAAAAACCUUGGCUUUUCUGAUACCAGCCAUCGAGUUGUUGUUAAAGCUUGAUUGGAAGCAGUAUAACGGCACUGGAGUUAUAAUUGUAUCGCCAACUCGAGAGUUGUCUAUGCAAACUUACGGUGUGCUCACAGAACUGCUGGAAGGGACUCAUCUCAGUCAUGGGUUGGUUAUGGGAGGAUCCAACAGAAGCGCUGAGCAGGAAAAACUGUCAAAGGGUGUGGCCGUAUUAGUGGCUACUCCUGGUCGUUUGUUGGAUCAUCUCCAGAAUACGGAGCCGUUCCUUGUGAAAAAUAUGAAAUGUCUGGUGAUUGACGAAGCGGAUCGGAUCCUCGACAUUGGAUUUGAGCUGGAAAUGCAACAGAUCCUUCGGUAUCUGCCAAACAAACGCCAGACCAUGCUUUUCUCGGCCACGCACACUCCUAAGGUUGAUGAACUCGUAAAACUAUCCCUUCAUUCGAACCCUGUUAAACUGUCUGUGGCAGAGAAAAGUGAAGCCGCAACUGUGGAAGGACUCCAACAGGGCUAUGUUGUAUGUCCAUCUGAGAAGCGGUUCUUGAUGUUGUUCACUUUUUUGAAGAAGAACAAAAAUAAGAAGGUUAUGGUGUUCUUCUCUUCGUGUAAUUCUGUGAAGUAUCAUCAUGAGCUAUUGAAUUACAUUGACAUUCCUUGUAUGUCUAUCCAUGGGAAGCAAAAGCAAGCCAAGCGGACGUCAACUGGUAAUGCUUUGCUGGUACUUCGGCCUGAAGAGCUUGGUUUUCUUCGAUAUCUCCGAGCAGCGAGGGUGAUUCUGAAUGAAUAUGAAUUUUCAUGGGCUAAGAUUGCAAAUAUACAAUCACAAUUGGAGAAUCUGAUCGAUAAGAAUUACUAUCUGAACAAGUCUGCUAAAGAGGCGUACAAGUGCUAUGUGAGAGCUUAUGACUCACAUUCUCUUAAGGAUAUUUUCGACGUGAACAAUCUUGAUUUGAUAGCUGUAUGUAAGUCAUUUGGAUUCUCCGUCCCACCAUUUGUCGACAUGCCGAUAUCCCACAAGCCAAAGGCGAGUUUUUAG